UUCUGUCUCUCUCUCUCUCUCUCACUCACUUUCUCUCUCUCUCUUUCUCUCUCUGUCUCUCUCUCUUUCACACACACGCACACACGUAGUGACUUGGAUUUCAACCCCAUCCCCAUCCCUCAGAGUCUCACGUUGUAGCUCUCAAGAAGCUUGACCAGAGGCACAGCUACUGAAGACCAGAAGAUAGCCUGAGGAUUCAACUGGCCACACAUUGUGUUUUUUCACGGCGCCUCAACUAACCGAAUCUCCAUUUCUGUGCCAUGGAAAAGGUUGCUAUGACCAGAAGAGGUUUAGCAGCACUGUUUUUAAUCCAGUGUUGAAGUGUGCAGCAUUUCCUCAGAAAAACUGGAGGAAUUUCAGAGCUGAUUACGCAGCACAGUACAAUCUGCUGGAAAAAAAAGAGCCUCUCAGGUUUAUACGUUCUUCUGUUUUGCCAUGACCUACUUUAAUGUGAUAAAGCUUUUGGCUUUUUUUUUGCACUGCUGCUGGAAAUUUGCAUUCAACAAAGGAUCAGAUUGAGCCCAGGAGGUUUUGCACGAGAGUGCCCUCAGUUCUGGAAACUAAUUGGCAAUACUUCAGAACAAAUCUUGAGGCAGAGCCCCAAACUUUAGGCUCAGUCCAUCAGAAAGCAGCAGCAGAACAGACUUUCAGUGCUGCUUGUGGACCAUGGCAUUCGCAGACCUGUUGGAGCAGGUUGGCAGCACUGGCCGUUUCCAGAUUGUGCAUGUCACCCUGCUCUCCUUGCCCAUCCUCAUGAUGGCCAGCCACAAUCUGAUGCAGAACUUUGUAGCUGCUGUGCCGCCUCACCACUGUGCUGCCCAUACUAACCUCUCUGGCCACCCGCUGCGCCCGGAAGACACACUGCUCAUCAGCGUACCGCUGGACCAGCAGGGCAGACCUGAGCGCUGCAGACGCUACGCCCACCCACAGUGGCACCUACUGCACACAAACAGGUCUGAGGAGCUGGAGUGGGAGAAGGAAGAGAAUGAAAUCGAAAUGCAGGGAUGCGUGGACGGAUGGAAAUACAAUAUGACCGAAAUGACCUCGACCAUUAUUACGGAGUGGGAUUUAGUUUGUGAUAUGCGGUCUCUGAAGCAGAUGGGACAAACUAUUUAUAUGGGAGGGGUGCUUCUGGGGGCAGUGAUCUUCGGGGGACUCUCUGACAGGUUUGGCCGGCGUGUUUUGCUUCUUAUCUCUCACCUGAUGAUGGCAGUGUCAGGAACAUGUGCGGCCUUUGCCACCUCCUUCUCCCUUUUCUGCGUGUUCCGCUUCUUAUGUGGCAUGGCUCUGUCCGGCCUGGUCCUCAACUCCUUCUCCCUCAUUGUGGAGUGGAUCCCUACUCGUGUGCGGACGGUGGUGGGCACAGGCACAGGCUACUGCUACACUACAGGCCAGCUCAUUUUAGCCCUAGUGGCAUACAACAUCAGAGACUGGCGCUGGCUCACUCUGGCUGUUUCUUUGCCCUUCUAUGUCUCCUUCCUCUACUCAUGGUGGUUCUUGGAGUCUGCACGGUGGCUGGUCCUGAACAAGAAGCCUGAACAGGCAGUCAAAAACCUCAAGGCUGUGGCGCGCAUGAACGGCCGUUGUGAUGAGGGAGACAAAAUCAAUAUAGAGAUGCUGCAGCAGUCCAUGAAGAAGGAGAUGUCUUGCUCACAGACCAGUCACAGUGCGCUGGACCUGCUACGGAACCGCACAAUGAGAAGCAUCACUGUCUGCCUCAGUGCAGUCUGGUUCUCCACAAGCUUUGCCUACUAUGGCCUUUCGAUGGACUUACAGAAAUUUGGGGUGAACAUAUAUUUGAUCCAGGUGAUCUUUGGAGCCGUGGAUAUUCCAGCCAAAAUCAUUGUCACAGUAUCUAUGAGUAUAAUAGGACGGAGAAUAUCCCAGUGUGGAGCACUCACAUUAGCGGGCAUUACCAUCCUCAUCAAUCUGCUGGUGCCCUAUGAACUGCAAACAUUGCGUACCAGUUUGGCAGUGAUUGGAAAGGGCUGCCUGGCUGCCUCCUUCAACUGCUGCUACCUUUACUCAGGGGAACUUUACCCCACAGUGGUCCGGCAGAAUGGCAUGGGAUGGGUGUCGAUGAUGGCACGUCUGGGGGCUAUGGUGGCUCCCCUGGUGCUUCUGCUGGGGGAGACUGUGGCAUGGCUUCCGGGUUUCAUCUAUGGAGGAGCUCCCAUUCUGAGUGGAAUUUUUGCUUACUUCCUCCCUGAGACACUAGCUGCUCCUCUCCCAGACACUAUCCAGGAUGCUGAGGACAGAGGAUUCAGAAAGAGAAAACAGUCUUCUAAGAAAGAGGAAGUGGACUUAAAAGACUCCAGCAACAGUCCACUAAAGGAAACUGCAGUGCCUUAGUCCACUGUGAGCGACCUGCCCAUGGAGCACACAGUCCAGCUGCAAUAGCCUCCAUUUAAACUUAUACCCAGAUCCAGUAGAGAAGAGCAGAGAUGUUAAAGAGGGUUUGCACUGGUUUUCUGGUAAUAUCAAAGGGCUGAGAGAGAGCAAGGCGCAGGACAGUUUCUACUUUACAUCAUAAAACUAAGGCUUAAUUGACAGCAUUAUCAGCAUAGUGUUUUUUUAGACCAGAAUGUAGUUGAAAUAAUUUAUUGAUAGUAAAUGAAUAGUAGCACCAGAUGUCAGGUCAGAAAAAUCAUUUUAACUUUUUAUUUUAAACUUUUUACAUGUGAAUUUUUUUUGUUUGUCAAUAUUACAAAACCACACCAAUGAAGUAUUAUAAAGAUUCUUCUUAACUAAAUGA